AUGGAUAUAUCUGCGCUAGUGAAUCAUGAUGGAGACGCAACGGUGCUACCGCGCCGUUCGCUCUCCAUCCCCCAUUCCACCGCGACCUCUUCUCCCGUCACAUUUGCUGCAAAGAUACCUUCGCCGCCGCCUAAAACCAAGUUCAAGCAGAUGUCGCUCAAGCGCAAACGCCACGAUCCAAAGCCAAUAUGGGCUUAUCGCGAGGGUGAGGAGCUCCCCCCCGAACUGAAGCAGCUCGUAGAGCAGCAGCGCCAGCAGUCGCGUCCGCCGCCGACUGUCGCUCAACCCCAGCCGCACGCGCAGCCUCCGCCCCAGGCUCACCCCCAACCGCGACCCCAACCGUCGCCAAUGGUUGAGCGAAACGGACAUCCAUCAUCAGAGAAAGGCGCUCCUCCUCCAGGCACAGCGGUGCGCGAACUCUCUGGCUUCGAGCGACCCAUCUCCAACGACGCACAAAUCUACGAUGACGUGUCACGCAACGUAUGCGAUUUUAUAUGGAACACGGCCGUCAACAAUGAAGUUGUGCGGAGCGCGAUCGCGGAUCCAAAAGUGCAGCUCGAAGUGGAAGCGCGCUGGGGUCAGAUCAUUGACAAGCAGACGGACCAGCGACUGCGUGGAUUUUGGCGCACAGAGACGGUUUUGAAUACCGAUGUUUUGGAAGUCAAGUUUGAGAGUACCAUGACGGCGCAACAACACAAGCGCAUGAACCUCUUUCUGAACGCUCAGGUUCAGCAAUCAAAGGCUCCAGGAGUCCCACGACCUCCAAUCGAUUACCGACACACCUAUGAGACGGACAUGUUCUACGAACUAGACCAGCAAGGCUUCAGCUCUUUGAAUCCCAUUGUUCAGCGUUUAAUAAGCACUGCUGGUGGCCGACAGCGUGUUCGUGUGACACGCGACAAAAACUCGGGCGAGUUCUUGCGUGCGAUUAUAAAGCACAGGCUAGGCAACCUCGAAGUCAGCUCUCCAAAGACCGAGUGGGACUACCGCAUUGGCAUCAACUUGGAAAUUGACUUCCCAGGUCCUAUAGAAAGUCUCACGCCUGCCGUGGAGGGUGGAAAGACGGCCGAGGGCAUGCACCGCCAAAAGGACCGCAUGUCAUACUCGUGGCUAGGUGCUUAUCAGGUUGAUCUCACACAGGUUUCUCAAGGGCCCAGCAAGAACCACGAACUGGAACUGGAACUAGACUCUGGUGUGCUCAUAGCAGAAGCAGACAAGGUGAGACGAAAGGAGCCCACCAAAUUCGAGAGCCUGAUCAACGGGAUGAUGAACAACCUGCGGGUGUUGUCGCGUGAGAUUACGGUUUCUGGUCCUGGCCCCAGUGCAUAG